AUGAUCUCUGUCCUUUGCCGGCUGUUUCCGCGAUUAAUGAUUCCGUUUCUGGCGCUCCCCGGUGGAUUGCUCAUGACUAUAUUGAUAUUUACUUUGAUAAUUUCCAUCCAAGGUGGCCGUUUCUCCAUCGAAGAACCUUGUGUACUUGUUCAAUCCGUUGUCGCAAUCGGACUUUGGGUGAAAGGGACUCAGGAGGCACGAGACGCAUCAAUACGUCUACACAAUAGACUAUGUUCCGCAUUUGACGCUCAAAUGGACCAAUGGUGCAUCUCCAACUCGAGUCUACGCCGACACACAAAUACCUCGUGGUCUAUAACGUCAUUUCAAAGCCUGCUCUUGAAUACCAUCCUUUCUCUUUUCAUAGCAAGAGAGAAUGCUAAUACAGAUUUGAGCAUGCGAUGCCGAUUACCAGACGACAGAUACGACCUCUUGGCUGCUAGAAUGGCAAAGCCUUGA